CAGGGAGCCCGCCCAGGCGGCCCAGGCCCACUGCGCAGGCGCGGAGCGGUGCAUUUCGGGACGUGUAGUUUCCGCGCCGCAUUGUGGGAGUCCUGGUUUGCAAGCCCACUCGGUGCAGCGCUCCCCGCGACUUGGAGCUAUGGGACCGAGGCCCCAAGAGGGAAGUCGCCCGAUUGUGUAGUGUCUGCAUCCCAAGCUCAAGCCUUCUGACUCCUGGGCACGCCUGGCGCCCAGCUCCUCCCGUGUGCUGGCCGGGGUCUGCGUCCACCAGGAGUGACUGCUAGUCCGGCUCUGCGUCCACCAGGAGUGACUGCUAGUCCGGCUCUGCGUCCACCAGGAGUGACUGCUAGUCCGGCUCUGCGUCCACUAGGAGUGACGUCACCGUGGGUCCAGCAUGAACUGGGAGGUGCUGGACCACGUGCCCCUGCUGCUGUACAUCUUGGCAGCGAAAACAUUGAUUCUCUGCCUGGCAUUUGCCGGAGCCAAAGCAUACCAAAGGAAGAAGUUGGAAGCCAGAGAGCGACAGCUGGAAGCGGAGAAGAAGUCGGAGAAGAAAGCGCGCUAAAGGGAGCCACAGGGUGAAGUGUGGCUGCAGGGGUCCUCACCCGGCUCACGCUCGCCCCUGCUGCUGCCCGCCCUGCAGCAGCCGGACCCGGGCCUCGGAGCCGCCGGACCCGGGCCUCGGAGCAGCCCACGUGGCUGGGCCACAGCAGCUCCUGUGGUGGGAGCCGCUUUGUUAAAGAGAUGCUCCAUUGGCUGGACCUCGGGAGCCGGACCCCGUGGGGGAAGAGGGAGCGUGUCCAAGUGAAAGGAUGAGCUCAGUGGUGUCUGAGCCAGAGUGGCUGCACAUGAGCACUGCGCUGAGCGAGUGGGGCGUCCGCGCUGCUCAUCAGACGGCUCCUGCUUCCCACCGGCCCUCUCCCCAGACGCUGCUCCACACGGCGGCCCUCUCCCCUAGACGCACCACACGGCGCCACGUGGAGAGUGGACCCGGCCGAGGAGAAGAAACUCCCGCGGGUAACUCCCAGCUGCAGCGGAACUAAAGUGAUGGGACCUGGCAGAGGCUUUAAGAACCUGUGUUUUCUCUAGUAAAGUAAACACCUGGA